AAACGGGAGAAUCCAGCGGAGAGAAUGUGGCAUUCAGGGAGAGGAGGGAGAAUCGGGGGAAGACGGAGAUUUUUAAAGCCUUAAAGUUAGAUUUCUGUCCGGAAAUGUUCCGGUAAACACGAGCGCGGGUGGAACCGUGACGUUUGUGUCCCGGAGUUUGACGGAAACGGAACUUUUCUGGCUCUUUUCCAGCGGGAGGAAUAACGCCUCUUUCCUGGGAGUUUUCCACCGUUUCCCGUUCGGAUCGAACGGUUCUGAAGAGUCGGACUCCUCCGUGAAACGACUCUCGUCACCUCCUCCUCCUCAGACCUGCAGCUCAUCCUGGGAGUAUCUUCCCCUCAUUGAGGAAGAGGAGGAACCUGUCAGAGGAAGAGUCUGAACUGAGGCCGGGUCCUGUCGCUCAGGAUGAAGAUUUGAGGAGGAGGAGGAGUAUUGUCAGUGAAUCCGGUCCGAUUCAGGGAGGAGGAGGAUGGGGAAGGAGCAGGAACUGCUGCAGGCGGUGAAGAGCGGAGACCUGCAGUCCACCCAGAAGCUGCUGUCCAAGCUUAAGACCAGCAGGAACAAGCUGCUCGGGUCAACAAAGAGGCUGAACGUGAACUAUCAGGACUCUGACGGGUCAGCUGAGGGGGGGGGGGGUGUCAGAGGUCAGCAGGGCAGGCGGCGGGACCCCAACCAAUCAAAUGAGAGGGUUCUCAAAGGACCUGGACGUCUUAAGGCUGGGACCGGGACCGACGGGCUCGUUAAGGACCAGUCAGAGAUGCUGCUGCAGCAUCAGUCCAACCCAUGUCUGGUCAACAAAACCAAGAAGACUCCUCUGGAUCUGGCCUGUGAGUUCGGACGAGCCAAGGUGGUCCAGCUGCUGCUGAGCAGCAACAUGGUGGUGGCACUGCUGGAAGGAGAGCGGAAGGAACCAACGGACUCGGCCUACACCACGCCGCUGCACCUGGCAGCUCGAAACGGACACAAGGACGUCAUCCGGCUGCUCCUGAAGGCCGGGAUCGACAUCAACAAGACCACCAAGUCUGGAACCGCUCUUCAUGAAGCUGCGCUGUACGGAAAAACUGAGGUGGUCCGACUGCUGCUGGACGCCGGAGUGGACGUGAACAUCCGGAACACCUACAACCAGACGGCGCUGGACAUCGUCAACCAGUUCACCACGUCUCACGCCAGCAGGGACAUCAAGCAGCUGCUCCGAGAUGCCACGGGUAUUUUACAGGUCCGAGCUCUGAAGGACCACUGGAACCUCCACGACCCGACAGCUCUGAACAUUCGAGCAGGAGACGUGAUCAUGGUGUUGGAGCAGCACAUAGACGGACGCUGGAAGGGACACAUCCACGACAACCAGCGGGGGACGGACCAGGUGGGCUUCUUCCCCCCAUCCAUCGUGGAGGUGAUCAGCCGGAGGAACGGGGGCACCUUGUCCCGGCACGCCUCCCUGCCCACCCAGCGCCAGCAGCUCCUGUCCAGAGCCCCCCUCUCUGCCAGCCUCAGCUCCGCCCCCCACACCGACGACUCCUACUGUCUGUAUGCUCCGCCCACCCACGUGGUGCUGCCGCUGGCCAACGGCCUCACCACCUGCACAGCUGGAGACAGAAACAGCGUGGGGAGCACUGGCAGCGUGGGCAGCACCCGCAGUGCCGGCAGCGGCCAGAGCACCGAGAGCAACGGAGCUGCCAAUGGACACCAACACAACGCUGGUCACCAUGACAACAAGCCAGCGCCACCUGCUGUUGAUCCUGGCCUCUCAGCAGACCCAGACCAUGCUGCAGGAGGGACUCCUCGGAGGCAGACCGUGACGGUUCAGCGUCCUGCAGAGCCGAGCUUCACGCAACAGUUUGUUCGUCCGCAGCAGCUGCUGGAGGGGAAGGAUGCCGAGGCCAUUUUUCAGUGGCUCAGUGAGUUCCAGCUGCCGCAGUACACUGGAAACUUUGUGAACGCCGGCUAUGACGUGCCGACCAUCAGCAGGAUGACUCCUGAGGACCUGACAGCCAUCGGAGUGACGAAACCAGGACACCGCAAGAAGGUUUUCAUGGAAAUCAACAACCUCAACAUCCCUGAGUGGCUGCCAGACUACAUCCCUUCGGACCUCGGUGAGUGGCUCAGUGCCAUCGGACUCCCUCAGUACCACAAAAAACUCUCUGAAAAUGGCUACGACUCCAUCAGCAUUGUCAAAGACCUGACCUGGGAGGAUCUGCUGGAGAUUGGCAUCACUAAGCUGGGUCACCAGAAGAAGCUGAUGUUGGCGGUGAAGAAGUUGUGUGACAUCCAGAGGGUGAUCCUUCAGGCGGAUUCGGGUCAGGGCACCCUGCGGCAUAAGGCUCCCGGAGGGCUUCGUCUGGUCACCAUCGAGUCUUCGGAUGCCAGCAGCGAAUGUUCCUCACCUCACACCCCCAUGAUGGUGACCUUCCAGGACAGCGAGCUGAGCACCGAGCUGCAGACGGCCAUGUCCAGCAGCUAUGGAGGCUGCGAGGAAGGUUUGGCCAUCAAGAACGCCGUGGGGAUGUCUCGGAGCCAGGAGAGCAUCAACUCACGGUCCCGAGGUUCCGUACGCUCCCAGGAACCACCUACUGUUUCCAUCAACCCCCAAACCUGGUCCCAGGAGAACCUUGAGGGCAGUGUGGCCAAGGAGAGAAACCUCCCUGAGGGCUGGGACCAGAGACCACUGCAGCAUCUGCCUCUGCCCAAACAGGUUCCUCUGGGAACCGCAACAGUGUUCAAGUACCCGACCAUUCCGGCCAAGCCCAAACUGUCUGGACCUCAUGGUUCCCCGGUGCUCAAAGGGUUCAACUACCAGCAUUCUCCGUGUGGGUCCACAGGUCUGAGCUCCUCUCCCAGACCCAAGAACCACAACAGGACUCUGACACCGUCCCACAAGCGCACCCAGAACAUGACCCGUUACGCUCUGUCGGACGGAGAACCCGACGAGGACGAGCUCAUAGUUCCUCCUGGAAACAUCCCAUCCUACGCCACGCUGACCCGCAAGCCCGGCCGCAGCCACCUGGCCCGGUUACAGUUGAGCCCUGAGAAGACCGGCACCGUGGGGCGCAGCCAGUCCUUCGCAGUCCGCUCCCGUAAGAAAGGCCCUCCUCCCCCACCUCCAAAGAGACUGAGCUCGGUGAGCAGCACCACCAGUGGGGAGCUGAGUGACAGCAGCCCCACGUCGUCCUCCGGCGGUGUGGUGACCGACAGUCCGGGGAGCGUCAGGAGCAUCGCCGCUUCUCUGGAGGGAGGCGCAGACCGGAGGAUACCCCCAGGACCCACACAUGCUGCGGUCCACCAGGAGGCACCAUCCAAAAUCCUCAGCUCCACAGAGACCAGGGAGCCUGUGGGGGCGAGGCGGAAGGUUCAGAGCGAAUGUGUCUUCAUCCAGACCAGCAGCAGCCAAGACCUGGACCAGGGUCUGAAGUCUGACUCUGAGGAGAAAGAAUCAAAAGAUCUGGGACUGAAGGACUCUUCAUCCCCCCAGAACAGCUCCAGUGAGUGCAUCCCCUUCGCCGAGGAGGGGAACCUGACCAUCAAACAGAGACCCAAAGCCCCGGCUCCGCCCAGGGCCGAGGCCGUUCUGGAGCCUCCAGACAGACUGGCAGCCGGGACUCUGGAGGUCCCCGAGUUCAACCUGAAGGAAUCGGACACGGUCAAACGGCGCCAGAAACCCAAAGACAAGGACCAGGGCUCUCCCAGCAGAGCAGGACCAGGAGCCACAGGGUUCGAGUCUGAUGGCAGCAGGCCUCCAUCCAGGAACCAGGACCAAACUAGUCUGGACAGGCCAGACAGUCCAGCUAGAGGGUCCCCGAUUAAACAUCCACUUACCCCAAAACCUGCUGUCACACCAAAACCGGUCCGCCAAAGUCUGCUGGCUGCACACACAGGACCGUCCUCCCCCACAGUGACCGUCAGCGUGGUCCAAAGUGUGGUCUUUACGUCCCCCUCCCACGGACCCCCAGGUCUGGCCCCUCAGACCCACCAAAGCCCCUCUUUGGCUGCAAAGAAACCUCAGGGCCGCUCUUUAGGUCCAGAUCCUGUCCCUGAGUCUUGCAGUGAGACAAAGGUGGUCCAGCAGAGACUGGAUGAGACCAGCACGUCUCUUGCAGCAGCGCUGAAAGCUGUGGAGAAGAACCUGAACCAGGAGGAAGGUUCUGACAGGUCCAGGAUCUCGGUGAGGUCUGCAGGGACCAUCCUGGAUGACAUCGGGAACAUGUUUGAUGACCUCGCUGACCAGCUGGACGCCAUGUUAGAUUAAAGGGCCGGUGCCGGCCGCUCGUCGUCUUUCUGAGCAGCAGCUCUUCACCUCCAGAACCAGA